CGCCCCGCCCGCCCCCGGCGGCAGCAGCAGCGGCCUCGGCACCCCCGGCAGCUCGGCCGGCAGCUCCAGCCCCAGCACCAUGGACCUCUCCUUCAUGGCCGCGCAGCUUCCUGUUAUGGGAGGAGCCUUUAUGGACUCACCAAAUGAGGACUUUAGUACAGAGUACUCCUUGUUUAACUCCUCAGCCAAUGUCCAUGCAGCUUCUUCCAUGCAGAAUCCACCCGAAGAGACAUCCCGGUCUUCAAACGAUGCCAUAUUGUUAUGGAUUGCAAUCAUAGCAACAAUUGGAAAUAUUGUGGUUGUGGGAGUGGUGUAUGCCUUCACCUUCUAGGAUGUCUGUCACUCUGAACACUGGAAGAGAGGAUAACUGCAACAGUAUUUGUCAUGUGUAUGUAUGUAUGUGUGUAUAUAUACAUGUAUAUCUAUAUAAAUACGUAUAGGUAGGGACUUUGUUGAUUAAGUGCUACCACAAUCGUAGAAAUGAAAUGCAAGUGAAGUGAAAAUGCAUCUUGAAUCUUGAUGGCAGAAGUUUGGAUGCAAUUGCAAAUUGUAUGGAGGUGAAAGCUUUAAUCAAGAACUGAGCAAAUACAAGUUUCGUAUGGAAAUGAAAGAGAGACCAGCGUGGGUAUAGUGGAUCCAAAAGAAACUGAGAUUUAUACAGAAAGUGCUUAUUUUCUACUGCUUAGAUUUUUCUAGCAGCUUUUCUGGGUUUUGUCAGCUUUUUCUGUGCAUUUUUUACUGUGGUAUAAUGUUGUAUGAUAUUGUUCUGUGUUAUAGUUGCUAGACAUCUUAGUUUUCUGGAUGGAGUAAAUGGUAGGCGUUGGCUCAGUUCUGAUGCAGUACAAGGUCAUCACAGGUGUGUCUUGAGCACUUGUAUGCACUAGGCUGUGUUCAAAAUGUGUCUAACGCUCUGACAGGCAGACGCAUGCUAUUAACACUUGCCUUCCACUAUCAGUUACUAGAUGUGACAAUCUAGGAAUUGAUGCUCAGCAUGCCUGCUGUUUGCAGGAGGAGGCACAGCUAUUGCAAGGUGUGACUGGUCUGGAGCCCCUCUGCUUCUCAAAGAAAGAAGGGUGAAACCCAUUUCUGUGUAGGGAUACUGGACUGCAAUGACAACAGUAGUUUUCCUUCCAGGAAACAAAGGACAGAUAUCAUGCUUUCCAGCUUAUUUCCUUGUAAUACAGGUUUUCCACAGAAGUUAUACUUUCAUAAGCAUAUAGUCAUAGCAAAGGUACAUUGUGAAGCCAAACAGUAAGUGAUGUUUCUGAGAAAAAUAGAUUUGGAAGAAAGAUGAGACUUCUGUGCUCACGAGGGAGUGAAUGCAAGUGUUGAUAUGUGCUGGGGUGGAAAUAGCACAAAAAGGUAAUAUGUGGCAGAUAUACAAAUACUCAUGUUUCAGUCUUAGUAAGUCUCUGGGUUCUGGUGAGGCUCCUGGAAGUGGCUCUUAUGUAGCCUACGUUAAGUAAGGACUCCAAUUAUCAUUUGGAUUUGUUCUGUUGGGGAACAGUAUUUCCACUGCAUUCUUCCUAUCAGCAGUUCCUUUUAAGAGCUGUAUCUUUUCAAAACAUGCUGUAGCCCUCUGUGUUACAGAGAUUAAAAAAUCUGAGGGGGGAAAAAAUCAUCUCUGUUGGAAAUCUUUGUCUUCCCUCUAGAACAAAACAAAAUACAUAAAAUAUCUGAACUUUGAGAUAGUAGUAGACCAAUUCUUCCUCUAAGUCUGCAUGUGCUGUAUCAGUUUUCUGCCUCAUACAACUAGUAUGCUAAUUCCAGAAAGCCUCGUCUGAAGACACAGAGACUAUUUUUGACACUUCCCUGCCACUGAGCUUGAGGCUGGGCUAAGAGCUGGCAAAUGUAGAGAGGUUUGGAUUUUCCUUCUUUUCUCUUUAGACCCAUUUUCCUGCAGGGCUGGUGAGCAUUUACAUGAAUCAAAGCAGCAUGCCCCAAACCAGCAUCUAGAAUCGCUCAAUAGUCACUGUGUAUAUUUUUUCAUGUCUUCAAGAACUUACUUUUAAAGCUGGAAAGAUGCAAACAAACAGAUAGCAGGAGGGAGAAAAGGGACUAAGUUAUUCUGGGGAUGAGAAAAACAACAACUACUCACCUGAGGAAUGGAGCUUCUGUGUGUUUAGGUAUUUCACUGUUUGGAGGUAGGGUUUUGUGAAGAUGUUUGAGAAUAGAAGAAAUCUGUUCUGGGGAAAAAAAAAAGUAAAAAAAAAAAGUUUGAGAAGCACACUUUUGGAAACUCAAAUGCACAGAAAGCAAAUUCUGUCUAAUAAAAUAGCUAUAGUCUUAAGACUGAUACGCAGAAGUAAUGCUAUUCACAGUCCUAAAAUAGCUGUUUGCCCCUUCAUAGGCAGACAGAAAUAAUAAUAAUAAUAAUAAUCAACAACAAAGGAGCUGAAUAGAUUUUGUACUUCUCCUGUUCUUCUAUGCCUCUUUACCCUCUCUGAGCAGAAAGUAAACUGUUAAGUGAGGAUGGAAGGCUGCAGAAAGGUCUCAAAAAUGGAAUCAUGCAGGACACGAUCUGGUAUGCAAACAUCUAGGAACCAUGCGAAUAUUACUUAAAAUACAUUUUUCUGAUAUUCUAUUGCCUUUGUAAUUGUAUCGGUGGACUUUUCUUAUGUUUUUUUCUUCAAUGUUUCAGUAGGCUCUCUAAUUAGUUAUGCCACAUCCUGCAAGCACUAUUUGUGCAUGAACAGCAAAAUUUUUUUCACCAUGAUUAAAAACCAGUUUGACACUAUGGUACUUGCCCAAUGGGAUUAUUCUGCUGCUAAAUAACUUUGCCAGUAGAGUGCUUUGUUUAAAUUUCCUAGAAUAUUAAUCUAAGUGCAAUUAGCAAUGUUUACAUUUCUUUCUCAAAGCACUAGACUAAAUCCUUCACCCUUGAAGAAGCACGUUACAGAGGGAACAGCAAAGAACCACCAUUCUGCUAAUGAACCUGAGUGAUGCUUUCGUGUUGCUUUUCCCAAAGAAAGCGUCCUACUUUCAUGUGAAACUGAUAGUAAUUGCAGGAGUGUUGGAAGACAAUGAGUUCUGCCUCCCUCAUCCAGAUCAUCAUCAUUAGAGGAUGAGUUGUCAAAAGCAGCCAGACAGAACCUUGAUUAAAGUAAUUGGCUUGACGGGGGUGACAUGGAAAACAGGGUGCAGGCAGCAAGUGCAAGCAUUUCCCAUCUUGUAGGUAAAGAAACAAACUGUCCAGUUAGUGCUGCUGAAAUGUAUUGUCAGGUGAUAAAAGAUUCCUACAUUAAAGUGAGCAGAGCUGGCUCAAAUUAUGAUCUCCUUUGAUCAGGAUAAACACUGUAUCUUUCUGGAUAUUGCAUUCUGACUUGGUCUACUACAGCCUCUUACAUCUCCUGGGAGGCUAAGGAAGGCUAAAAUUCAAGCACUGAAAAAAAGGAGACUCAUCCAUCAUUAAGUUCAGGGAGACCACAGGGGAGGGGAGAAGAAAUGAUAGAUGUUUCGUAGGUGUGGUCCUGUGAAAUGUGUUAUUACUGCUUCAUUAUGUGAGUGUAUGUUAUAUCCUGAACUGUCAACAUAGCUUGACUUAGAGGACUGUAGCUACUCCUUUCCUUGGAGCAAAGCAGCUGGAGAAGUGCUGUCGCUCACUGAGGAGUGAUGAGUAAGUCCAAAUGCAUUCCCCUGAGCUGUUCUGCAAAAGCUGAAGAGGCUUCUGUGCUCUGCUGAGCAUUUCAUGCAUCAGCAUUAGAGCAGGAUUCCACGUGUAGAUCUAUGCUUUAAGUACGUGCAUCUAGCACAGAUAACAGUUACAAGAUCCCGAACAGAGUUUGUUAAAAGAAAAAAGAUAAAAGAAAAACACUUCCUACCUGCAGUGUUAGACCCCUAGCUAUGUUGUAAACAUCAUCCUGCAAACACAAGCCAUACUGCUUUUCCUCUGCAGUUAUUAGUGAUCCAUGGGAUGCAGAGGAACAGACUGGAUGCCCUCACAAGUCUUUUCUUGCCAUGACCCCUAGGGAUCUACGACAACAUGUCAGAUAAUCAAACUGUCACUUAAGAGUUUUGUUUUUUUUGCUCUAAGCAGCCAGCAGCUUGACACAGCAGCUGUGCAGCCACCACAGCAAGGAGACUCAGCUUGGAGCUGGCCUCGAUGAUCCUUGUGGGUCCCUUCCAACUCAGAAUGCUCUAUGACUGUGAUUCUGUGAGACUGAAGGCUGAACAGUUCUGGAGGUAGGUGCAAAGGCACAUUAGAUGGGAGAUGUGAGUGAGGCCACUCCUAGAGCCACUCCUGCUAUAUAUUUACCUCCAAGGCAAGACCUGUUCUUGUCCACAGUAUUAAUAUCCCCCUAAAAUAAAGUGAGGGAGCAGCAUGUAUUGCCACAUCAAUGCAUUUGCAAAACAGAACAGAUUUUGAAACUGAUGCAACAGUAGCAGAGGGACUCAACAGCUACACGUAACAUAUUUAGCCAUUUAAAUGGGAAAGUGAGCUAAUAGUUACCUCAGAAGUAAUGAAAUCCACUCUCCAAAAUCCUUCUUUGCAAUGGGACUUGAGGGUCGUCAGCACCCCACCAAACUGCUGAGCAGCCUGUAAUAACAAGACCCCAGUCAAGAGUGAAUAGAAGCAGCCAGCCAUUGUAGUCUGAACCCGUACAUUCAUUUGGAGCUAAAGGGAAAAUUUGCCUUUCUGUCUGGGACCCAAAUUAAAACAGCAGUCUAGUCUAUAGGGAGUUAUGCAUUUUGUCUAUUAUUAGAAGCUUUGUUAUUCUCAAACUAUUCCAGUUCUUAAUAUCCUUUUCACAUUUCUCUGCAGGCUGCUGAGAGUUAUUAAUUUCAUAUAGCUCUGUCCAUUUAUACAGGGUAAUUUUGCUGGGCUUCCUGUGGCUAAUCACAGAGUAGAAUCUGGAAAAUUAUUCAUUUUGAGGCUGAUUUCCAUUAUUAAGAGAAAUAGGCUGAAAAUCAAAAUCACAGAUCAAAAUGCUUCUAUGCUUUUAAAGCACUUAGAGCUCUGGAUAACUGGAUUUCAUCUGGCUAAUGCUCAGAAAGAAAAAGGGCAGUCAGGUCUCUGAUGGUAAUGUCAGACAUCAGGGUUCUGACAAGCAGAGUUUAGCGCUUCAUUAACUCCUCUUCUACCCCUCUGGCUUUCUGGAUGCACAGUCUGAGUGAGCUAACCAUCAGGUACAAUGUGUCCCUCCUGUCUUACAGCUUGCUUAUCCUCAGGGGACCAAGUGCAUUUAUGUCCUUAGCAGAAGAAGAGCUGAAGAUCAAUAUUCUAUUAGGUAUCUUGUUACUCAGUAUAUUGGUCAGUCAUCGUAAGAUCGAGAUAGGAAUGGUUUAAAAAGUGGUUAGCCCUUUGUUCCUGAUCUGGGAACACGCUUAAAAAAAAAAAAAAUCAAAAUAUUCAGAGGUCUUAAAAUUUCCUAUUGUUCUUUAUCUGAUUUUUGUCUUUCCUCAUACAGCCCCUCUUUGCCUUUUACCUUGUCUUUCCGACUUGAGACAGUGAAAAUGAAGUCACCACUAUCCUUGUCUAUGGGGAUGUAGGGAAAUCCUAGCAGGUUGGAAAAAAAAAAACGUGCCAUUUUACUUUUUGGCUGUUCAGGCACAAAGUAGUAGGAAAGAUUCCAGUUCUCUGCCCAGAAAUCUCCAGGGAAAUAUGUGCCUUUGCAGAACAAAAUGCAUGGCAAUUUUGUCCCAUUCUGGCCUGUACCAGAGUAUGUACACUGAGACAACAUGGACAGACCUACAGUUGCAGUAACCUGUUUUAGGAAUUAAUGCAAGGCAGACAGGUAAUGGAAACAAAAUGGUAAUACAAACCUGUCGUGUCUAAUCAUCUCAACGGAAUGCUUCAAAGGCAGGUUUACCUGAGUGUCAUCAGCAAGCCUGAUCUGUUGGUACCAAGGUAAAUGCCCGUUUAUAUAGGCACAACCAGUGUUUCCAUCUUUUUCAGAAGUCUUUGGAUCAUUAUGCUACCCACUCUUAUCUUUGCAGUGCAGGCUUCUAGUGAAGAUAUUUUUCAGUUGUAGAAAAUACUGAGGAAGCUUCCCAUGUGGAUAGAAUACAUAAGAUUAAUGCUCAAAAGUGCUGAUUAGUCUCCCUGCUAAAACAAAAAAACACCCAGGUUUCUCACGAGGUAUUUUAAAGAGUCAAGUAUCAUCUGUACAGUAGCAUCACCUUAUUUUUUUCUGCAGCUUUAUGCCAGUAAAUCUCAGAAUGUUUUAUUAUUAUUAACCACAAUUAACAAAAGUCGAGAACAGAGACAAAUAAUUUUCAGGAACGUCUUAAAUGUCACUACCUGAUCCUUCAGACUGUCAUUCCUCUUACCUUCCCAAAAUACCCUGAUGUGAAGUCUCAUCCAUCCCUUUAUAAUCUCUUGGCACCAUGUGUCUCCAUGCCUUUAUUUUAUUUCUUCCCUUGUCUUCUCCAUCUUUCUUCUCCAUCAUCUUUUCAUUCCCUGGCAUGAGAGCACAUAAGCAAUUGGAAACCAACAAAAGCAAUUGGAAGCCAACAAUGUUCUUCAGCCCUCCUUAACCACCUCCAUUGACCUUCAAAGGAACACAAGACAAAGAUCAGUAAAAUAAGGUCCUUUUCUGUAGGUAGAUCUUAAUCAUUAUAUGCCUUAGCAAACUGCAAUAUAUUUCCCCCAAGCAGAAGUGAGCUGUAGCCAUUAAUCUUUGUAACUCUAUCAUCAGUAUCCAUACAACCGUAAGGUACCUUUUAGAAAUUCCUAUUUUUUAAAUUAUUACUGCAUCAGUAAUUGAGCUUUCCCCACCCCAAAUCACUUUCAUUUCUUAGCAAAUCAUAAUCAGCAUUAAAGUACUUAGGGUAAGGGAAGGGGGCUGAAAAUGGGCACUGAAAAGCACCACAAAAGGUAGAAAAACCCCGUGUGAUUUACUGUAGCAUCACAGCCAUGAACCACUAUUCUAGUCAGUAAAGAAAAAGCACAAUGUGCUGAGCCAUGGGUAUUUCAAAUCAAGUCACACUUAAAGUUCUCAGAUGCAUGGUAAAGCUGCUACAGUCAGAUUGAGCAUUUCCAAAUCUUUUUGGAGCAAAAUGAGGUGUACCUUAAGAACUGCAAAGUGUUGAGCAACCUCCUCAUCGGUCCAUGCUUGUUCUGGUAUUGUUUGGCAAGCCUUCUGAACAGCAGUCAUUAAGGUUACGUUGCAUUUCUUGUGGAGUUCAGUCCUACUAAUGAGUGAAAAAGAUUAAACUAUUUACAAGAUUUAAGCCUAAAACUCUUUUCAGUUACUGCCUUCUCAAGAAUGGUUGAAGUUCCGGAGCCUGCAAGUUGCUUUGUCCAGAGGGACCUUUGCCUCCACCUGGAGACAACUGGAUUAAUAACACUUGUAUAUAACAUCUGCUUUAGUGGAAUAUCUUGUAGGACUAGCUCCAGGUUGCUGGUUUUUUAUUUUAAACGCAUCUAAAGAUGUCCACACUACCCUAAUAAAAAAAAAAAAAAAGAGCAGAACACUAUUUUUUUAAAAGAGAAGGUAAAGAAAACAAGACUGAGUAUUUUGAUAGAUAUGCUAGAAUGGUAUUUAAUGUAGCAAACAGUUGCACUAUUUUUUCUAUUGUAUGAGCACCUAACUGAAGAAAUAUAUCUUCUUUCUCCAAUAAAGACCUUUUCAGUUAUGAAGUUGUAAAUUUGGGAAGGAAUAAAGUGCAAAGCCUCAAUGAAGUUUUAAACUAAUGUAAAUAAAUCCAGUAGCUAGCUUUGUGAGGUAGCUUGUAACAUUUACUUUUCUGUUACCUCAUCUCAAAUAUUGCCUAAUUGUUUGUGUUUUGUGUUUUUUCCCAUGAUAAACUAAAUAGUGACACUUUGAAAGCAUCUGUACUUCUCGCAAAAUUGCAGUCAUUUGGAAAUGUCAUCCUUCAGCUCAUGUAAAACAAGUUUACAGGAGCCCUUUAGAAUGCACUGUUAUUUUUUCAUAAUAAUUCUGGACAGUUUAAUUCUCUUGUUCUUUGUCUCUGCUACCCUGUUUUGUACACUAACAGGUUUGCAGGGCUUCUUUGUAUUGUUUUUGUAGUAUAUGGGUUGGUUUACAGAAAAAAAAAUUGCUCUUGUAAUAAUUGUUCUUGAAACGUGAAACUAUCUGUAAAGAGAAAAACUUCUUAAAAAAUACCCGUUUUCUCUAAUUAGUAAGUUUAGUUAACAGAAAUGUAUUCUUUUCUGCUCCUGUUAUAUUCUUACACAGUUAUUGACUGCUUUCACUAUGUAUGUACUUGGUACUGGUUUGUUCUUUUACUAUAAUGAAAAUGACACGUUUUGUUAACAUCAGAUGGAAAUUGUGUUUUGGGAUAAAGUUCUUCAAAUUGAUGGCAAUGUGCGAUUUUUCAUUUUAUUCUCUUUAGUUGACAGCAUUUAAAAAUCUGUAAAUGCAUCAGUUUAAUUACUGUUACCUCCAGUGAUAUACUGACACUAAUAACUUGUUGCAAUUUACAAAUCUGCAUGAUUUGUCAGCUUUUGGUAACUAUCUCUAUUACAUAUUUGGCACAAAGAAAAGACAAGGG